UUGCAGUAUGGCCUCUAUUCCUCCUUCAUGGGCUGCUUCAUCUAUUGUCUCUUGGGGACUGCAAAAGAUGUGACACUGGGCCCUACAGCCAUCAUGUCAUUACUGGUUUCUUCCUAUGCAUUCCAUGACCCUGCUUAUGCCGUCCUGCUUACGUUCCUCUCAGGCUGCAUCCAGUUAAUCAUGGGGCUUCUACAUCUUGGUUUCCUACUAGACUUCAUCUCAUAUCCUGUCAUUAGAGGGUUCACUUCAGCUGCUGCAGUCACCAUUGGCUUCAACCAGGUCAAGGCACUCCUUGGCCUGCAGAACAUCCCACGGCAGUUUUUCCUGCAGGUGUAUUACACCUUCUCUAGAAUUGGAGAGACAAGAGUGGGGGAUGCCAUUCUUGGGCUCAUCUGCCUGAUCGUGCUUACAGGACUGCAACAAAUGAAAAACCACAUCCCCAGGGUGUUCCGGAUGGAAAAAUUAUCUGUCAGGAUCAGCCAGCUUAUUGUCUGGGCAACAGCAACAGCCCGUAAUGCUCUGGUGGUCCUGUUUGCUGGUUUGGUGGCCUACUCCUUCCAAGUUAGAGGCUCCCAGCCAUUCACCCUCACAGGGACAAUACCCCAAGGACUCCCCCCCUUCCAGCCACCACCAUUCUCCAAGGUGACACCCAAUGAGACAGUCUACUUUGGAGAGAUGGUGCAGGCAAUGGGAGCUGGCUUGGCUGUGGUGCCACUCAUGGGGCUAUUGGAGACUGUUGCAAUCGCCAAGGCAUUUGCAUCUCAAAAUAACUACCAGAUUGACCCUGAUCAGGAGCUGUUAGCCAUGGGUUUCACUAAUCUCUUUGGAUCCUUUGUCUCAUCCUAUCCCGUCACAGGUAGCUUUGGCCGGACAGCCGUGAAUGCCCAGACUGGGGUGCGCAGCCCUGCAGGGGGACUAAUCACAGGGGCCCUGGUGCUGCUGUCUCUGGCUUUCCUUACUUCUCUCUUCUACUACAUUCCCAAGGCUGCUCUGGCAGCUGUCAUCAUCUGCGCAGUGGCUCCUAUGUUUGACGCUAGGAUCUUCCGUACAUUGUGGCAGGUUAAAAGGCUGGACCUGGUGCCACUCUGUGUGACAUUCUUGCUCUGUUUCUGGGAGAUGCAGUAUGGCAUUGUGGCAGGUGUGCUGGUCUCAGCUAUUCUUCUGCUCUACCCCAUUGCCAGGCCACAGAUAAAGGUGUCUGAGCAUGAGACAAUACUCUUACAGCCUUCCAGUGGCCUGUGUUUCCCAGCCAUUGAGUUCCUCUGUGACACUGUGCACAAACAAGCUCUAUCAGUGUCUCCACUGCGCACUGUCAUCCUGGACUGUACUCAUGUCAGUAAUAUUGACUAUACAGUGGUGAUGGGGCUGUCAGAGCUACUUCAACAGUUACGGUGCAGGAGAAUCUCUCUGAUCUUCAUUAAUGUGCAGGCUCAUGUGCUCCAAGUCCUGCUGGCUGCUGAUCUGGGAAGAUUCUGUAAUGUUUCCAGCCUGGAAGAUGCAGGAAAGAGUUGUGAAGAGGAGGCACGCACAGCCAAUGAAGCUUUGUUUGAUGGCAGUGACAGCAUACUGCCAACAUCUGGGAUAAUUCAGUGAGGACACAGAGCUUUAAUGCCUAUGUACAAGUUCCCAAUCUAAGCAUGGAGACGGGUUUCAGAUACCGUAUUGAUCUGUAUUGUUAAUCUGUGCACUUUAAGGCAUUGUGCUGGAAUUGAGAAGUGGCUCAGCAUGUGGGAGAUUUCAUUGUGGAGGACGAAGAUCUCUUCAAGAAAUGAAGAUGCAGUUUAUUCAAAGGCCACCCACUGUUUCAGGUGCAACGGAAGCUGAGGUGCCAUUGGUCUGAAAUAGUAGUGCCUCCGGUUGGAGAGAUUAUGGUAGCUCCUUAGUACUUAUAGUUUAUUUCUAAAGUUCAUUGCACUCCAGUAAUAUUGGGCUUUUCCACAUUCUCAUUUUUCUCACUUGUGUGUUCCUGUCGCUUUGGGGGGGGGGGUGUUUCCGUUCUGCACUUGUUUUGCUCCCUUUCGUGGUCAAUUUGAUUUUACAUCACUUCAUGUCCACCAUAAACACCUGCAGUUUAAAUGUGCAGGGAGAUAUGCCAGACACAAAGCAAUGUAGUAUCGAAUUGACCACUAAACACGCGCGGACCAAGGAACACACACAGAAAAAUGACAAUGUGGAAAAGCCUACUGGUAAGGGAACACUAAUCUGAAAAAAAAAUUAAGAGAAUAAAUGUAUUUUUGAAAUAAACAAUGGAAAUAAGGGAGGAUGAAUAAGAAAAAGGCUGUCUGCCUAGCUUUGGCAUUUUGCUGGGAAAGCUUUUGGCUGUAUUGUACACUUACGUUGUAUAUUUUGUUUGGAAGUCAGCCAAAACCAAGUUACGUUUCCCUUUCGAAGUCAAUAAAUCUGCCUUUUUCAUACAUUACUUGUAUGCUACUGUGCUAUUCACAAACCUCUGCCGUUGUUCCGCACCUGUGAGAUCUAUCCUGAUGGAGAGGUAUGCAAAAGAGUGUACUUGGAAAGUUUGCUCUGUAUAGGGGCAUUUUCAGAAUGUGAUUGGGAGUACAGAAGUGUAUUGGGGAAAGAUGUGUUCCUUUCUCCCCACUAAAGCAGGGCUUUUUGGAUGAUGCCUCCAUAUUAGACCCCUUCCAGUCCGGUU